CAGAUGAUCGUUUUAUCAGUCUUUUAGAAAUAAACGCUCAGAAUCGUUGCAUUUGUAAUUACGUUAUGGCGAUCGUCAAAAGUCUGUUGACAGUAAUCUUAUUAUUUGUCGUCAGUCAAGGCGUUCCUCUUCAAGAUAACGAAGCAGCGGAUAAUAAACCAGUGGAAAAUUCCGAGGAGAAUCAAUUUCGUCUACCAAAGUACGUCGUACCUAUUCAUUACAAUGUAAAAUUAAUACCUCAUAUUGUAGAUGGUAAUUUCACCACUAAUGGCGAAACGAGCAUCGAUAUCGAAGUGCGCGAACCGACGAACGCUAUCGCACUCCACACCGUAAAACUCACAAUAGACGAAUCGCUGACGAAGAUAACUCGCAAAGGCGUAGACGACGAGAAUUCUAAAUCGGAGUAUGCCCCAAAGCAGCAUGAAUAUAAUGGACAAACACAAAUUUUGACUCUACGAUUUGAGGAGUCGCUAGAUGUUGGAGCUUACACGCUGCAUAUUAAUUUCACAGGCGUGAUACUCCCGCACACGGAGCCACGUGGAUUUUACAGAAGUUUUUAUACCGACGACAAUGGAACCGAGGUAUGGCUAGCAACAACACAUUUUCAACCAACCUCUGCGCGACAAGCGUUUCCGUGUUGGGACGAACCUGCCAUAAAAGCGACCUUCAAAUUUUCCAUAAAGCACUAUCCUAAUUACACAGCGUUAUCGAAUAUGCCGUCCACGCGAUCGGAAAUCGAUGCGGUCGACGGAAAAUUAUGGACACACUUCGAGGCAACUCCUAUCAUGUCUACCAACUUAUUAGGAUUUGUGAUCGCUGAUUAUGAUUACAUCUCGAAUUUGGAUGGCACCAUUAAAAUAUGGGCCCCAAAACACCUUCUUCCUUAUGUCGCACAUUCUCUCGAUAUUAUCGAGAAGGCAACACAGAAGCUAGAAGAAUUCACCAAUAGCACUGUUCGUGUGCCGAAAAUGGAUCAUGUUAGCAUUCCACAUUAUUCAAGUAGAGCCACUGAGAACUGGGGCGUAAUCGUCUAUAAACAGGGCAUACUUGAAAACAAGAACUCAUAUCCGAUUAGCAAUAAAAUAGGUGAUGUUAUGACAAUCACUCACGAAUUAGCGCAUCAAUGGUUCGGAAAUUUAGUUAGCCCAAUUUGGUGGAAGUAUCUUUGGUUAAGCGAAGGCAUAUCAACUUAUCUGAAAUACUAUAUUACUGACAAGUUUCUCAGAGAAAAGCGAUUGAUGGAUUUUAUUGUAGUGACUGAAGAAGAAUCUUUGCUAAAUAUAGCUUUAUUUUCUUCUGAACCGAUUCACAUAAACAUUACUAGUCAUCUUAAUGUUCGUGAUGUGUAUUCUAUCAACACGUAUGUAAAAGCUGCUUUUUUAUUACGAAUGGCAUCGCAUUUUUUGAGAGAAGAUGUGUUUCGAAACGGUUUGAUACGAUAUCUUCAAAAACAUGAAUAUAGCAGCGCUACCCCAGAUGAUUUAUGGGAAGCAUUGCAAGACGCCCUCGAUGAGUCAGAUGUACCGCAUGACGAUUUUAAAGUGAAAGAAGUAAUGGAUACUUGGUUCGACCAGGCAAGGUAUCCUCUCGUUACGGUCAAUCGAGAUUAUGCUACAGGCGAAAUUAAAAUAAGCCAAGAAAUAAUUAAACACCAGACAAUCGAUAAUAACGAGAACGAAGCAUGGUGGAUACCUUUAAACUUUGCAACGCAAAGUAACUUGGAUUUUUCGUCUACAUUGGCCACCCAUUGGCUAAAGCCACACGAUGUGGAUGUGAAAAUCGAAGGAAUAGACACUAACGACUGGAUUAUUGUAAAUAAACAUCUAACAGGAUUUUAUCGUGUAAAUUACGAUAUAAACAAUUGGAAACGAAUCGCUGCCUUUCUUAAUUCUGACAACUACGACAAGAUCCCAGUUCUGAACCGUGUACAAAUUUUCAACGAUGCUUAUUACAUGAUGAUGAACGAACGGCUUGAUCUCGCUACUUUCAUUGAAAUUAUAAAAUAUUUGUCGCGCGAAACCGAUGCCGCACCAUGGUACACAGCAUUCAACAUUAUUCAGAAAUUAGAUCACUACUUACGAUUACCCGAAGCAGCAACGAUCAUCAAGCCACAUUUAUCCAACUUGAUGCAUAAACUAUUGGAGAAUAUUGAUUUUGAAGAGAAUCCUGAUGAUGAUCUUUUAACUGCAAAAAUUAGAACCAAUCUGUAUCAUUAUGUAUGUACAUUUGAACCUGUUAAAUGUCCAGCAAAAAUUACUGCUAAAUUACUUGCAUAUGUGGAAAACCCAAUCGCAAACCGACCAUUACCCAAUCAGAAGUCCAUGUUUUGCUUUGGCCUGAUGAAGGCAAAUGAGUCUGUCUGGGAUCAGUUUUUACAAGUAGAACAUCAACAGAAAACAUCAGAAUCUCAUACGUUUCUUGGUUGUUCGGAGAAUUUGCACAUCAUCGAAAAGCAUUUAAAUUCUCUUUCUGGUGAUAUGGACUAUCAUAGAAUCUUCUAUAACAUAAUCGCUAAUUUGCCAAAUGUAGAUACAACAAUUGAAUUUUUCAUUAAUAAUUACGAGAAAUUUAUUGAACAUCAGUUUAUCAAUAUUUCAUUUCUUCUUGAGGAUAUAAUCAUGAAAAGUUUCAGGGAAGGUCAAAUUAACAAGAUAAAAGCAUUUGCCGAACAACAUAUGAUCGAUAUACAAAAGCAUUUACAGGCUAGAGAAGAAAUGCUAGUCAAAAUGAAAGAUAAUUUAUCAAAAGUUCAUAGCAUUUUGGAAAACAGACAGUCCACCGACCUAUGAGACAUAUAAGACAAUAAUAUUGUAAUCAGAUAUAAUUCAUGUUUAAUAACAUAAAUAUACAAAUUAUAAAUAUAUAUUAUAAAAAGUGAAUAAAAUUAUUUUAACGUAUGUAACGUUAGUUGUAUGUUACACAUUAAAAUAUUAUUGAAACGUU